AUGACUUCUUCUCACUACGACACCGUUUUCAUCUUGCCUUUUGCAAGUCUGAUAGCAUCUAAAAGUUCUUCGUCUUCAUCACCAGAAAUGGCUUCAUCCUCUGCUACCUUAUGUUCUUCAGAAGCUUUCAAGGUGAUUGAGGUUGAGCUCGGAUUCAUGUUUGACGUGUUUUUUACUAAGGCUUUCCUGGUUUAUUCUCUAAAGGGUUGUCUUCUACGUCUCAUUAGUUUCUCUUCCACCGUGGUUGUGCUUUUGGUUUUUUUGAUCAUGGAUAAGCACGCCUUCUCAACAGCGGACAUAAUUAUCACUUAUGCAUUGCUGGUUGGAGCAAUCUUCUUAGAGAUAUAUGCAGUGUUAUUACUUGUUACCUCAGACUGGACAUUGCUUUGGCUGAGUAAGCACAAAAAUUCUGUGGUGGAUUUCUUGUAUACUACCAUUUCAUCAAUUCCGUUGUACAGAAACAAGAGGUGGUCCAAUACCAUGGGACAAUACAAUCUAAUACAAUAUUGUCUUAAAGAGAAGCCAACCAAGUAUAGUGUUAUCCAGAAGUUCUUAUGCAUGUCUGAGUUGCUAGAGAGGCUUCGAUACCAAGAUUCAGCGGAAGUCUCUAUGGUUUUGAAGAACUUGAUAUUUGAGCAGCUUCAAAAGAAAUCAGAGUUUGCCAAAGAUCUCAAAGCAUGCAAGGAAUUAUGUGCUUGUAGGGGUGACCGUGUUCUUAAAAACGCAAAAUGCCAGGAUUGCAUUAAGAAAGGAAAAAGUAAAACAAAGGAGGAGAGCGUUGAGGUAGAAUUCGAUCCGGCUCUUCAAAAUGCAAAAUGCCAUUUUGAACUCAGUAAAGGAAACCGUACAACAAUCGAACAGAGCGUUGAGGAAGAAUUUGACCAAAGCAUUCUUCUUUGGCAUAUUGCAACAAACCUUUGUUAUCAUGGUGAUUGGAACACAUCCCCAAACUCUAUUAAAAUUCCAAAUUGUGAAGCCAGCAAAUUGUUAUCAGACUAUAUGUUAUAUCUUCUAGUCAUGCGUCCUUUCAUGCUUCCCAAUGGAAUUGGACAAAUCAGGUUCCAAGACACAUGUGCUGAGGCCAUUGAAUUUUUUCAGGAGAGAAAAUCAGUGUGUGUUGGAGAUCAUGCUCGCAUAAGUUUACUUGAAGUGAGCACUGAAGUUCCUCCAUCUAAAGUGAAGGGAGAUAGAAGCAAGUCACUGUUAUUUGAAGGAUGUCGACUUGCUGAAUCUUUGCAACACCUCGAGAUUGAACAGAAGUGGGAAUUGGUAAGUCAUGUAUGGGUGGAAAUGCUCUGUUAUGCUGCCAAUAAGUGUCGAUGGAACCAUCAUGCUCAACAACUCACUCGAGGUGGAGAGCUGAUCACUCAUGUCUGGCUCCUUUCGGCACAUUUUGGUAUAACUGAGCAGUUUCAAAUUUCAAAGGGUCAUGCAAGGGCUAAGUUGAUUGUGCAUUGA